AUGUAGCGAUAUAUGUACUCAUUGUUAUCGAUGCAUACGAUAUCGUCCGGCGAUAACGUGUAUAAUUUCCCGGGUACCACGUAUUCGUCAUUGAUAGUCAGAGAUGUAGCCCCGCCCAUUCGUAAGAUGCCGACCACCUCUCUUUCCCCUCCUUCAGAUCGGCCUUUGACAAUCAUCGCCAGCGCCCUGGAUGACGUAUCCGUCAUUUUCGGUGUACUGGCGAAUAGGCACCCGGAUCCAUCACGCCAGAUACGCCACUCCUGCACGGCGCUGGAGCUCUCGGCGUUGGUUUCGGGUGGUGCAUCCGAUCCCGAUGGAGCCUUGAAGAUUAGAUGCGGAAUUACCGCCUUAGCAGACUGGAAAAAACCCCAGGCGGUCGAUGUCCGUCGCAGCUCGUAUUUGAGGGAUGCCCGCUUCGCGAAUACUGCGGGGUUUGUCAACCCCUGGGAUGGCGGUCUUGCCGGUUGCGCCAUACCCGAGAACGGUGUGUGGUUGAAAGAAUCGAGAGGCUAGGCGGAGUACCGAGAACGGCC